UUUAGAUUCAUCUGCAUUUAUCCAGCAUAUUUGAAUAACAAGAAGACAAUAGCAGAAGGAAGAAGGAUACCUAUAGACAAAGCUGUUGAAAAUCCCACAUCUACAGAAAUCCAAGAUGUAUGUGCAGCAGUUGGAUUCAAUGUGCUAUUAGAGAAAAAUAAGAUGUAUCCUAGAGAGUGGAACAGAGACAUGCAGUACAGAGGCAGAGUACGAAUCCAGCUCAAACAAGAUGAUGGCAACCCAUGUUUACCUCAGUUUCCAACACGUAAAUCAGUGAUGCUGUAUGCUGCAGAAACCAUUCCCAAACUGAAAACAAGAACCCAAAAGAUGGGAGGUAGCGAUCAAAGUCUUCAGCAAGGAGAGGGAGGCAAGAAGGGUAAAGGGAAGAAAAAGAAAUGAGCUGACAUCUGGAAUAAUUGUUACAUCCCAUAGUUGUACUUAGGACAAAUAUGAAUGGACACAUUACUUGCUGCAACUUUGAAGUGAAAGAUACAAGCAAGAAAUAAACAGGUGAAACUGAAUAGAACUGCCUGCUUUUCUUGGAACUGGAAUGCAUGUCGCUGCCUCGCAUCUGUGUAACAAUAAAUCUGUCUUUACACACAA